CAUCCACUUCCCAUAUGUCCUCGAUUUAAUUUACUCCUCCCUUCGACUCCAUCUUUGUAAACGAUAUCAGCAUCAUAUUGACUUCUGUGCUCGGCACCCUACCUCGUGCCGAGACCGUUUUCUGUGCACUUACGCGGAGGGCCCGCUACCAGUCGUUGAAAGUCCCAUUUGCACGGGCUGCUCCGUCCGCGCCUCUUUUUUCUUUUACCGGCUUUUUGUCACUAUUGCAUUCCUCUGUCAACGAUUAAUUGCGCCUUAUCACCUUGUCUAUACGCCAUACACACAGGAAGACUACAGUCCAUCGCUGUUCACAUUCUUCCCAGCCCAACACUCCACCCCUGCCGGUCCUGAAACAAAUCCUGCCUACCAACAAGAUCCCUGUCAAUUCCCCGCCACUCAUCUGAGCGAUCAUACCAGUCGACUACGUGUCGAGGCUCAGCAGAUUCCUCACACGGCGUUUGCAACAUUGUCACCUCACUGGCUACGUCUUUUGAGUCGAGUUUCAUCUCUUCAUUCACUUCUGCAGCACCGCUACACACGCUCGCUCUUUCUCUCAGUCUCACAGUGCCGUCAACUGUUCAAACUUUAGUCGACUCGAAAUCCACCGACUAUUCUAACGGCGAAGUCCAACGGUUCCCACUUGGCUCAACAGCCGCUGUCAAUCUCCACCAAGUCAAUCGAUAACGCCGAUACCAGCCACCAUGACAACCGUAUCGCCCCCAAUCUCGCCGCAGGGUCAAGAUACCCGUCCUCGCGCUCAUACUGCGCUGAGCCACUCCUCCCAGCGAACCCGUCGAAGCAGUUUCUCCGGCCACAAUCUCGAGUUGACAGAAAGUGAAAAGGACAAGAAGAGGUUGCAUACAAAAGCUGACCCUUCAAAAGCAUUGAGCGAAGCUACGCCGGCGGAACAGGCACUGGAACAGGCUACUGUCGACGAUCUACGUGCAGUGAGACACAAGGACAUGGAAGGCAACGUCAUCACCGAUCCUGAUCGAUCCAACCCAACCCGUCACCGCUUAGAGCGUCCUCUCGACACGAUUCGUUCUUUCAAUGCCGCUGCAGAAGGCACGAGCUCGCGUCGCUCAUCUUUCAACAACAGACCAUACUCCCAGGCGGGUUGGAAUGGCGAGACAAAUCGCAGAGCAAGCUACUAUUCAAGCAAUGGUUAUUCUCCUCAAGGCCGACCACGUCCGUCGCCUGGUGGUGGGUACUAUCGGAACUCGUCCUACGGAUUCGGUCCUCAAAGCGCAGUCGAGGAAACUCCUGGAGCGUCUCAAAUGUAUGGUCGACGUCAGAGCUCCAACCCAUACCACGGACCUCAAAAUGGACACCAGAAUGGUUAUCAAAAUGGCUACCACAAUAGCGACAGUCCGGCUUCGGCACACUCUUAUCACCAAUCCUAUGAAACCAUGACCUCCGGUUCCGAAGAAUAUGGAAAGUCAACCAAUCCGAGUUCGCAGAAUAGCUCUUUCGACCAAUUGCACCAGCUUCGGAAGCCAGAGGAAUUUAGCCCGGACAACCCGUACGCGAAUGAGCUGAAGUUCAGUCACCCUGCUGCUAUGAACAAGGCAUUCACACCGUACAACAUGAAUGAUGGCAUGUAUGGUCAAGACACUGUUCCGGUCAAAAGCUUCGCACCAAACAAUCCUCGUCAACCAAUCAAGCUUGACACCGGCACAUCCGACAACACUUUCAGCGCCGGAAGCUCUCCUAGUCCACCACAGAAGCGGCAAAGCUGGAUCAAGCGCAGAUUCAGCCGCCGUGGAGAUUAAUUGAAAAAGAACCCAACUUGAACGCUCGCUUAUUACCAUCUCGUUUUCGGCGUAUUGGGAGAGACAUGUAUUGGGCUCGUGGGCAUGUCCUGGCUGCAUGGUAUUCGGAUUUGCAUACCACAAAUGUGCGCUGCAAAGGGCGCUUUCAUUAUGAAUAAUGUUUGAUGUAAUCUCCUUGGAUGUUGGGCUGGGUCCGAUGGUGGUUUGUGGCUAAUGGCAACGGCUGACCUUUCUCCGUGAUAGAGGCUUGGGGAGAUAACUCACCAGCCGGGGACCAGCAAUUGAGCUUGUGCAUCUGACUGUGCUGUGCAGGUCAUGGGCACCAUUUCAUAGUCUCCAAAAAAACCCGUGGCCAGUCCGCUUUCUCAAGCACAGACUGGACGGGAACAGGUAGAUAAUCCGGGACUCUCGCUCGCGCAUCACUGAGCUUUCUUCCGGUUCUGCUCGGCCUCGAU